AUGAAUGUAAUAGAGAUUGCUCUUGUACCAAAGGUUCUGAGCCCGGAGUUGGUCACUCAAUUCUGCCCUAUUGCCCUGUGCAACUAUUCUUACAAGGUAAUCUCGAAGAUUCUCGCUAAUAACCUUCAGCCCCACUUAAAUGCAAUCAUUUCUCCCCAACAAUGUGCGUUUAUUCCUGGAAGGCAAGUUCAAGAUAAUAUUUUUAUUGCACAUGAGGCCUUCCACUCUCUGAAGCUGGAUAUAAAUAAAGCUUACGAUAGAAUUGAGUGGUCUAGGCAGUGGGGUGGUUUCAAGCCAUCGAGGGAAAUUCGCCAGGAGGACCCUAUAUCUCCAUAUCUAUUCAUAAUUUUCAGUGAUGUCUUAUCUUCUAUGCUUAACCAUGAAGCAGUGAGAAGCUUCCUUAAAGCUACGAGUCAAAAUUGUAGAGUGGUGAGCCAAAUUCUCAAGUCUUACUACAAGGCCUUGGGUCAAGUUGUCAAUUUGGAAAAAUCAAAUUUGUUUUUCAGUCCAAAUACUUUGGCUGAAGUGAAGGAAGAGAUGAGAGCAGCUCUUAACAUAAAUAUCACAGAUGACCCUGGAAAAUAUCUUGGCCUUCCAACAAUAUAUGGGAGAUCAAAAAAGGAGGCCUUGGCCUUUGUAAAGGAGAAAAUCUUGCAUAAGGUGCAAGGAUGGAAGCAAAGUUUACUCACGCAAGCAGGUCGCUCAGGCUGUUCCCUCUUAUCCCAUUUGGAAGGAUUUGGGGCUGCCAAAGAAGGAAGGAGGGAUGGGUUUUGGGAGCCAAAAAAAGGGGCUAGGUCUUCAUGGGCUUGGUCGAGCUUGUUGGCAGGCAGGGACGUCAUUGUCAACGGUGCGCGGUGGCAAGUGUUAGAUAGAAGUGGGACUAAAUUGUGGACAGAAAAGUGGAUUCCUUCCUCCCCUGGUCGCCUUUUAUUGCCAAAGACAGGUGUGGAGCAACAGUGCCGCUACAGUACCGAGUGCUACAAUACUCAGGUUCUAUUUAUUUUCCUCCCCCCUCUGGUUUGUGGGGAGCACCUCCCCUUCCCCCUAUUACUAUUCAUCAGCUUGGUUUUUUGGCCACCACCGUCGCAUCUAGCCACUGUUUUGGGUGGCACGGGUCCCAAACGAACCAACCCAACGCCCUCCUCCUACCCCACCCCUCUUCCAGCAUUAACAACAUCACGAGUCGCCGGAAAAUAG